AUGAUUAUAACGUGUUUGGCAGGGGGUUUGGUUCAUCAUUGAUUGCCAUGGAUGAGAGAACAUACCAGCUUAUUGGCCCAGAUUAUCCUGGUAAUAGGGCUGAAGAUGUUAUAAAUCCAGGCUUGCUUUGGAUGAUAGGUUUCACUUUUGUUGUCAGUUUCCUUGGGCUUUUCAGUCUUGUCCCACUUCGCAAGGUUAUGGUCAUGGACUAUAAGCUUACAUAUCCCAGUGGGACAGCUACAGCAAUGUUAAUUAACAGCUUCCACACAAAGACUGGAGCCGAACUUGCAGGGAACCAAGUCCAGCGACUGGGCAAGUACCUGAGCAUAAGUUUCUGCUGGAGCUGCUUUAAGUGGUUCUUCAGUGGUAUAGGAAAUUCAUGUGGAUUUGACAACUUUCCAAGUUUUGGAUUGACUCUAUUUAAAAACACGUUCUACUUUGACUUUAGUCCAACUUAUGUUGGAUGUGGUCUUAUCUGUCCUCACAUAGUUAAUUGUUCAGUUCUUCUUGGAGCUAUCAUAUCAUGGGGUUUUCUAUGGCCCUUCGUCUCCAAACAUGCUGGGGAUUGGUAUCCAGCUAACCUUGGUAGCAAUGAUUUUAAAGGUCUUUAUGGAUACAAGGUGUUCAUAUCCAUUUCUCUUAUUUUAGGGGAUGGUGUUUACAAUUUGGUCAAAAUCAUAUUGAUAACUGUAAGGGAGAUGUGUAGGGCAAAUUCCAAGCAGAACAACCUUCCUGUUGUAUCAGAGGUUACGGAUGAUGGAUGUUCUGAACUGCAAGCGGAACAACGAAGAAGGGAUGAGAUAUUUUUGAAGGAUAGGAUACCCUUCUGGUUUGCAGCAUCCGGAUAUGUGUGUCUUGCUGCUAUAUCUGUUGCAACAAUACCAAUGAUCUUUCCUCCUCUUAAAUGGUACCUGGUUCUGUGCUCUUACAUCCUGGCCCCUGCCCUAGCCUUUUGCAACUCUUACGGCACCGGGCUCACAGACUGGAGCUUGGCAUCCACUUAUGGGAAGAUUGGUCUUUUCGUCAUGGCCUCGUUGGUGGGCCCUAAGGGUGGGGUAAUAGCCGGGGUAGCAUCUUGUGCUGUGAUGAUGUCCAUUGUCUCAACGGCAGCUGAUCUCAUGCAAGAUUUUAAGACGGGUUAUCUUACCCUCUCAUCUGCAAAGUCUAUGUUUGUGAGCCAGAUAGUUGGAACAGCCUUGGGUUGCAUUAUUGCCCCUCUCACAUUCUGGUUGUUCUGGAGCGCUUUUGAUAUUGGGUCACCUGAUGGUCCCUACAAAGCACCUUAUGCUGUUAUAUAUAGGGAAAUGGCCAUACUAGGUGUCGAGGGAUUUUCUGAGCUUCCAAAGCACUGUCUGGCCUUGUGUUGUGGCUUCUUUGUGGCAGCUCUAGUUAUUAACCUGGCAAGGGAUCUGAUUCCCAAAAAGAUCUCACAAUAUAUACCUAUCCCUAUGGCCAUGGCAGUUCCCUUCUACAUUGGUGCCUACUUUGCAGUUGACAUGUUCGUGGGGACGGUGAUAUUGUUUAUAUGGGAGCGUUUCAAUAGAAAGGAUGCAGAGGACUAUGCAGGAGCGGUUGCUUCAGGUCUAAUAUGUGGUGAUGGGAUUUGGACAAUUCCAUCGGCUAUACUCUCCAUUUUGAGGAUAAAUCCACCCAUCUGCAUGUACUUUGGGCCCUCUACUAGCAGCUGAUUUAACCAAGGCGACUGCCCUUGUGUUAGUUUCUUGCGCUUACAACUCCCAUAUUUAUUUAUUUGGACCGAGUUCUGUACAUAUAUCUAUUGUAUGCGAAGAACGAGGCAAUUAUCUAGAUGCAUCUCGUUGCUGGGUUGAGAUUGACUUUGUUUUGGCCAGAAAAACAAGAGGAAAAAGAAAAAAAAGGUUGAACUCUAUUUGCAUAUGGGAGUGCACGCCGUUAGUAACAUCAAUGUGAAUAUUUAAUGCUGUCUUAUCCUUUCCCAUUUUGUUCUUCAUGGUCAUUGUUGUGCGUAUGAAAUAGAAUCAAAUCCACUGUAACAUGGCUGUGGCA